AUGAAGUGCAAUAUAUGCAGUAGAGUGGAAGAAGCCCUAUCAGUUCUGGAGGGAAGAAAAAAUGAUAUGAUAUCGUCAUUAGGGAUGUUCAUAUGUCAGACAUGGACGAAGUCAAAUUGUUGGAGCACGUCGAUGUUGACAUGGAUUUGCAUGAUCAAAAGAGUGAUGAUGAAGGGAGUAACUCAUGGUGCUUGUGAUUACCUGAUUACGUCUGUCUGUAUUGAGGCUUUGAAGAGCAUAUUGCACCAUGUGGUACGAAAUGCUAGGGAUAAGUGA